GUCCCCACCUUAAAAAAGAAGCAAACAAGUUAGCAGUUCGAGCUAGCAUACUUCAGUUCUACUCUCUGUUUUUUUCUUAUUUAGAGUACAUAUUCAAGAUAAGAAACAAGAACCCUUUAAGGUUUAAGGAUUGUUAUGGAUCUUUUCAGUCAUUAUUCUGAUCCAAGCCCAUUUGGGGCAACAGAUUUCUGGUCAGUUUUUAAUGAGAAUAAUGGUAUUAAUCAAGAACAGUGUUCUUAUUCUCCUGUUCUUUCAGAUAGUAGUAUUAGUAGUAAUGUUACUACAAGAGUUCAGCCAGCUCCAAAUUUUUCUGAUGAGGAAGUAAUGCUAGCUUCGAGGAAUCCGAAGAAGAGGGCAGGGAGAAAGAAAUUCAGGGAAACAAGGCAUCCGGUGUAUAGAGGGGUGAGGAGGAGGAAUUCAGGUAAGUGGGUUUGUGAAGUUAGAGAGCCCAAUAAGAAAUCAAGAAUUUGGUUAGGGACUUUCCCUACUGCUGAAAUGGCUGCUAGGGCACAUGAUGUUGCUGCUUUGGCAUUGAGGGGUAGGUCUGCUUGCUUGAAUUUUGCGGAUUCUGCUUGGAGGUUGCCGGUUCCGGCUUCUAGUGAAGCUAAGGACAUUCAAAAGGCUGCAGCUGAGGCAGCUGGGGGUUUUCGGCCGGAGGGGUGUGUGGGAGGUGAGUUGAUGAGGACGGGAGAUGAGGGGGAGAAGGCGGCGGAGACUACUGCAGAGGCGGGGGAGGAGGUGUUUUAUAUGGAUGAUGAGGCUGUUUUUGGAAUGCCAGGGUUGUUGGCUAAUAUGGCUGAAGGGAUGUUAUUGCCACCACCUCAUUGUGGUGGUGGAGGGGAUGGUUGGGAUAACAUGGAAAAUAUUGACGCUGAUAUGCCAUUAUGGAGUUUUUCUAUAUAGUUUUUUGUAAGUGAUAGAGUAAUUAAGAUAAGAGUCGAUGUUGUCUGUACUUAUAUUUUUUACUAGUACAGAUACAAUUGAAUAUUGUGGCGGUUUAGGUUUUCUGGGUUAGAAUGGAUUGUGUGGAAGAAAUCUGCGGGAGAGAGUGAAAAUUGAAGAAGCUACAGGAUGUAGGGUUACUGUUCGUGUGUCAAAGGAAUCACAAUCGCAUCAUGUAAUAAUGGCUAAGCCAUAAUCUAUUACUGUAAUAGUGAAUAAACAAAUUAAAUGCGAGAGAGUUCUGCUUUUAAGCCUCA